AUGGAAGUCAACGUCCGGAUAUGUGCUUGGGCUGACGACGACGCAGGUGCAGUGAACCUUGCAGCUAUCUCGGGCAACAAGGCCCUUGUAAAAGACCACGACCAUGACAACUACAAGAAGGUCUUCGCAGUCAACGUUAAGGGCAUGUUCUUGUGCAUGGCCGCCGAGCUUCGCAGCAUGCAUCCCACAAGUAAAGGCGGACAAGGUGGAUCGAUUGUAAAUGCAGCAUCGACAGCAGGACUGGUCGGCAAAGAAGGCAGCUCAAUCUAUUGCGCGUCAAAACAUGCCGUCAUUGGACUUACGAAGGCUGCUGCAAGGGAGCAGUCCAAGACUGGCAUUCGGAUCAAUGCUAUCGCACCAAGCUUUGGUGACACACCACACCUGGACGCCUUCGAUAUUGAGAACGGCUUCACACCCCCCAACAACGCCGUCCUCGGCCGCGUCCCCAGCCCUGAACAAGUCGCGAAAGUGAUUCAAUUCCUGCUUAGCAGCGACGCAAGCUUCGUGACUGGAUCAGUGUGGCAGGUCGACGGCGGCGCAUUGUGUUGA